GUGGCAGCUCCUUCUAGAAGAAGAUUAUUGUGGUAUUUUUUGCACGCCGUUAGGCGAAAUUACAUUUGUUUUUUAUUAUAAACAUUUUGAGAUUCUAAUCAAAUAAAAAACAUGGAUGAAGGUGAUUACGAUAAUGAUGAUGUCGGCGGUGAUGAUUUCGAUGAUGUUGACGAAGAGGACAACAUUGAUGACAUUAACCAAGAAGAGGAAGCUGAUAAUAUAGAAAUUAUUGCACCUGGAAAUGCAGGUGGCGGCGUACCUAAGUCGAAACGCAUUACGACCAAAUAUAUGACGAAGUACGAACGGGCGCGCGUGUUGGGUACGCGUGCUUUGCAAAUUGCUAUGUGCGCACCAAUUAUGGUAGAAUUGGAGGGCGAAACUGAUCCGCUGCAAAUUGCUAUGAAAGAAUUGAAACAAAAAAAGAUACCAAUUAUUAUAAGACGAUUCCUACCAGAUCAUUCCUAUGAGGACUGGAGCAUAGACGAAUUAAUUAUAGUAGAUCAUUAAAAAUAUUAGUGUAGAACUUAUUUAAAAAAUAUAUGUAUAUAUAUUUUUUUAUUCGUGCAAAAGCAAGUUACUAAUA